GCGUUAUCAAAUCUUUACAACAGACUUAAACGCAUGUCACAUUUUGAUCCAUUAUUUGCUUCUUUUACAUGGGGAGCAAGUGGCAGCACUGCUAAUAAAACAACAGAAUUGUGUACUACAGCUCAAACAUUGUAUGGUUUAGAAUCAUGUAUGCAUUUAACAUGUACAAAUGUAGUUAAAGAAGUUGUAGAAAAGGCUUUAAAGGAAGCUAAAGAUGCUGGAAUACAAAAUAUUUUGGCACUUCGUGGUGAUCCACCACGUGGACAAGAGUAUUGGACAACUACUGAUGAAGAAUUUCAAUAUGCAAUUGAUUUGGUUAGAUUUAUAAAAAAAGAAUAUGGUGAUUAUUUUUGUAUUGGGGUGGCAGGUUAUCCUGAAGGCUAUCCUGAAUCUAAUAAUAAGGGUCAAGAUCUUUUAUAUCUAAAAGAAAAAGUGGAUGCAGGUGCAGAUUUUAUCAUUUCACAAUUAUUUUAUGAUGUAGAUUUAUUUAUAAAUUGGGAAAAAAAUUGUCGAAAGAUUGGUAAAGCAACUUUUUAA